AUGGAGACAAUCGAGGUUAACGUUGACGAGGGCACUGAUGAGCCUGAUGGUAAUAGACUUGCUAUGGUAAUAGAUGCUGCAUAUAGAGUGAUUGAUUUGGUAAAGUCAUGGGGAAAGCGUGAUGAGGAAUGUGCAUUGUGUGAUAGAGGUGUGUGCAUAUCCACGCCACAUGAUGUGGUGGAGAUAUACUGCCAUCUGCUUGCAUGUGUAUCUAAUCAUGUGAUGGAGAUUUCCCCAAUUGUGUUUGAGGAUUUUUUUGUUGUUGAGGCUUUUGUGCUUGAUCAGAUCUGUGAGAGGGAGGUGUUUGAUAUCAGUCGGAUUCUUGAGAGAGCAGACUGCCUUACAGCACCAAAUCGCAAAGACACGCACACUUGCAAGCAACGAAGGAUCCUUGAGCUUGUCAGUAGAUGUUUUCCAGGCGAAAUGAUAAACAUUCAGUGUGAGCAAGUUCUUGAGUCCUUGAUGUACAAGGUUUACAACAAGUAUAGUGAAUUUGAUAUUGAAUGUAUUUCUUCCAAGGAUGCAGAGCUGUUACUGAUUGUUUUGUUCAGGAGGGUUGAGCCAUCAAGGUUUUUCAAAGUGUUGAGCUUGUCAGGUCCAACGAAGGGCGUGAUGAGGCUGGGCAUGCUGAUGGCACUGAAGGAAGAAAACAGCUCUCUGGUAGAUAAGCUGCAGAAAGAGUUGGCAGCAGUGGACAUGUCGCUGGAAAGCCACUUUGUGGAGAACACGGAGCUGAUAGGCAUGGCGAUUGAUGUAGACCAGGCCAUGCUUGUUGAGGAUAUUGAUGAAUGGAUAGCCCACAGAAAGGAGGAGAUGGAGUGGGAGGAAAGGGUACACUUUUGGUCUCUAAACAGAGAUGGAUCGUGCGAGUCGUUGAACAAAUCUAUGAUGAGUCUUUGUAUUAAGCAUAGGAAGUAUGAUGAUGGAUGGGCAAUUUAUUGUAAGGGAUGCAAGAAGACGUCGGAUGUGAUUCGCAGAGGCUGUAUGCUGUCUCUGAAUGCAUUGAAGGAAACGGAUGACCAGAAAUGGAUUUUGAGGCUAUUUGAGGCAGUGGAGGAGUCGUUUCGUAGUGGAGACUCGGAAGCAGGAUAUAUUGCAGCAAAUGAUGUUUUAAAGAAUUUGCCGUGCUUUCCAGAGAUCACAAGAGAUUUGGUUUUGAAGGAAUUUGUUCGACGGAUAGAUUUUUUGGAAGAACAUGAGGAAAUAGUGAAUCUUGUGAUACGGGAGCUUGUUGAACUAUGCAAAGAUUAUGAAUGUGGUCAAGAAUAUGCACAUUAUGGAGAAUAUACAAACUUGUUUUAUGGCAGGUGGAAGAACAACAAGAUGAGUGGGGAGUAUGUGCUUGGAGGAAACGAAGAGAUUGAGUCAGAGAUGUAUUUGAAUGUGUUGAGUGUGUUUGAUUCUCUGCACGAUAGAAAUAGGAUACUUGAAGUUGUUGGGGACAUUGCUAACAGCAACAUGAAGAUUACAAAAGAGCUCUCGCUCAAGAUGCAAGCCAUCAGCAAGAUAAGUGUGGGAUCUAUUGAAGUAGGCUCCUUGUCUCUGGAGCAAUACACAGUGCUUGAAAGGCUGAUGUCAUUGGCUCUGCAAAAGCAUUAA